GUCACUUUGUAUUAUUAAUUGCUUUUACGAAAGGAAAAUAAAGAUCAAGGAACCAUGGUUUUUACCUCCAUACCAGUUUAUCUUGAUCCACCCAACUGGCAACAACAUUCAAAUCAUCAAGCUGGUCCCGGUAAUAGCGUCCAACACUUUCCUCCACCACCACUUCUGGCACCACAUGGAGCAGGCUCGAUCCGGCCUGGUUCUAUGGCAGAUCGAGCUCGUUUGGCCAACAUACCAGUGCCGGAGGUAGCAUUAAAGUGCCCAAGAUGUGAAUCAACUAACACAAAGUUUUGCUACUUCAACAACUACAGCCUUACGCAGCCUCGUCACUUCUGCAAAACUUGUAAAAGGUAUUGGACUCUAGGGGGUGCCCUAAGGAAUGUUCCUAUUGGAGGUGGAUGCCGUAGGAAUAAAAGGAGCAAAGGAAGUGUACCGAAAUCUCCGGUCAAAGGCGACAGGCAAACAGCAUCCGGUUCCUCAAAUACUACUAUUUCUUCUAACAGUUUUGGAAGAAGUGAUAUUUUAGGUCUUGGAGUUGGACCUCAGGUUCCUACACUUAGGUUCACCGCUCCUUUGCAUCUUCAUAAUGAAUGUGGUGGCGGUACGGAUAUUGGGUUGAAUUACGGUUCAGUUCCCGCCUCAGUUGGAAGAACAAAUGAUAACUUAAGUUAUCAAAAAGGAAGUGGUUUAAGUGGGGCUGGAGCCGCUGGUACUUCACUUUUGUCCAUGACGGGUUUGGACCAGUGGCGGCUACAACAACCACCGCAAUGUGCCUUCCUAGGAGCUUCGUACCAAGUUGAAAGUCAAGGUGUUGAACCAUCCGCUUGUGGAGUUCGGCCUAAGAUAUCGAGCUCAAUGGCAACCCUAAUGGCUUCAGUGAAAAUGGAAGAUAAUGAUCAGCAAGAAGUGAGAUUUUCAAGGCCGUUUUUGGAUGUUCCAGGAAAUGAUCAAUACUGGGGUGGAACUCCAUGGACGGAUCUUUCAUGUUUCACCUCUUCAUCCACUAAAAAUCCUUUAUAGAUUUUAUUUUCUUUAUCUUUUGCUCAAAGAACUGGGUGUUGAAGCUUCUUUUUCUGUUGUUAGUGUUAGCUUUAAUUAAAGAAACAGAAGGAAAAAAAAAAAAAAAACUGUGAUGAAAGACAAAGUAACGUACUUUCCAACUCCAUAUGUCAUCUAUGAUUAAUCCAUGAUGGACUAAAACCCUAGAACCGGUAGGAUUUUCUUUCGUUUUUACUAGGAUUGGUAGAUUUCAAUGUCCGAGUAUGUGUUUUUUGUUAACUUUAUUAUUAUCAUUAUUAUUAUUAUUAUUUUGUAACUUGAGUAUGUUUUUCAUUGUGAGUAUAUCGGUAGAGCUUGCAUUUACUGAUGAUAACUUCAGUACGUGUAUGUUUUAAGUCCUAUGAUUAUUUUGGCAA